AUGGCUGGCACCACGCUAGCAAUGCGCGCAAUGGCUGCUCCGUCCAUCAUGCAGCUCUCCUCCGUGUCGCGCCGAACCAUCUCGACCACUUCCCAGGUUCUUCGCGCGAAGCCCAUCCGCCCGGCCCAAUCCAUUUCACGCAUUGCUCGUCGCGGUUACGCUGACGCUGCCCCUACCCCUACUCCUUCUCCUAAUCCUUCCCCUGCCCAGAAGCCUAAGAAGCGAUUCCGCGCCCUCCGCUGGGCAUGGCGCUUGACCUGGUUGAGCGGUCUUGCUCUGACCGGUGCCCUGGCCUACAGCAUCUAUGAGCUGCGUCACCCCGUCGAGCAAACUGAGCCCGACCCAGAGAAGAAGACUCUUGUAAUUCUUGGAACUGGCUGGGGUUCCGUCUCCCUGCUCAAGAAGCUCGACACCGAGAACUACAAUGUCGUUGUUGUUUCUCCCCGUAACUACUUCCUUUUCACUCCCCUGUUGCCCUCAUGUACUACCGGUUUGAUUGAGCAUCGCUCUAUCAUGGAACCCAUCCGAAACAUCCUCCGUCAGAAGAAGGCUAGCGUUAAGUUCUACGAAGCCGAGGCUACCAAGAUCGACUACGAGAAGCGCGUUAUCUACAUUAACGAUGACUCUGAGAUCAAGGGUGAUAUCUCCCAUACUGAACUUCCAUUUGACAUGCUCGUGAUCGGUGUUGGUGCCGAGAACGCCACUUUCGGUAUCCCUGGUGUUAAGGAUCACUCGUGCUUCCUGAAGGAAGUUAACGAUGCCCAGAACAUUCGUAAGCGUAUUAUGGACUGUAUUGAGACCGCUAUGUUCAAGGACCAGAGCGACGACGAGGUUAAGCGUCUGCUGCACAUGGUUGUCGUUGGUGGUGGCCCCACUGGUGUUGAGUUUGCCGGUGAGCUCCAGGAUUUCUUCAACGACGAUCUUAAGAAAUGGAUUCCCGAGAUUCAGCACAACUUCCACAUUACCCUCGUUGAGGCUCUCCCCAAUGUCCUGCCCAUGUUCUCCAAGCAACUGAUCGACUACACCGAGUCUACCUUCAAGGAGGAGUCCAUUUCUAUUCGCACCAAGACUAUGGUCAAGAACGUCACCGACAAGUACAUCCAGGCCGAAAUCACCAACCCCGACGGAAGCAAGACCCUCGAGACUAUCCCUUACGGUCUUCUCGUCUGGGCUACCGGUAACGCCGUCCGCCCUGUUAUCCGUGACCUUAUGGGCCAGAUCCCCGCCCAGAAGGACUCUCGCCGUGGUCUUGCUGUGAACGAGUACCUUGUUGUCAACGGUGCCGACAACGUUUGGGCUGUCGGUGACUGUGCUAUUACCAACUACGCCCCCACUGCCCAGGUUGCUGGUCAGGAGGGUGCUUUCCUUGCCCGCCUCUUCAACACCAUGGCUAAGACUGACGAAAUCGAGAAGGAGCUUGCUAAGCUUUCCGAACAACAAGCCCUCGCUAAGUCUGGUGAUGACCGCAACCAGGUUCUGGAUGAGAUUCGUGAGCGCCAGAAGCAGCUGCGCCGCACUAAGCAGAUUGGUCCCUUCCAGUACUCUCACCAGGGUUCCCUGGCUUACAUUGGUAAGGAGCGUGCUGUCGCCGAUAUCAGCUGGCUGAGCGGCAACAUCGCUAGCGGUGGUACCCUGACCUACCUCUUCUGGCGCAGUGCUUACCUGAGCAUGUGCUUCAGCUCCCGUAACCGUGUCCUCGUUGCCAUGGAUUGGGUCAAGGCCCGCGCUUUCGGCCGUGACGUCUCCCGGGAGUAA